GGGUGAGAAAAUCCGCGCACCCUCUAUUUUGUCGCAUGUUUGGUGACGUCCAAUAAUCGACUUGCUGUGAAGUCUCCGGGGCCGAGGCCUAGAGACUUUUUUUGUAACGCGUAAAUUUUUUUGUUUCGAUGCCUGGAUUUCGGUGCCCGUUCUGACCGGGUGUGAACCGAUGAAGCACUUUAUUCGGUGAUUGAAGCGGAAACGGUCGGAAACGUUAGCCAGCUAAUUGUAGCUACUGCUAACUGCCAGCGAGGAAGUGAGGAGCGAAAAAAAUGACAUCUCGGAGGUGGUUUCACCCCAACAUCACAGGUGUGGAGGCUGAAAACCUCCUGCUGACACGUGGAGUGGAUGGGAGCUUUUUAGCCAGGCCUAGUAAGAGCAAUCCAGGAGACUUUACGCUCUCAGUACGGCGAAAUGGAGCCGUCACCCACAUUAAGAUCCAGAACACAGGAGACUACUACGACCUCUAUGGCGGGGAGAAGUUUGCCACUCUGGCGGAGCUGGUGCAGUACUACAUGGAGCAUCACGGCCAGCUGAAAGAGAAAAAUGGAGACGUCAUUGAGCUCAAGUAUCCGCUCAACUGUGCGGACCCAACGUCAGAGAGAUGGUUCCACGGACACUUGUCGGGCCGGGAGGCAGAGAAGCUGCUGACGGAGAAAGGGAAGAACGGCAGCUUCCUGGUGAGAGAGAGCCAGAGCCACCCCGGGGAUUUUGUUCUGUCAGUGCGGACAGGAGAUGACAAGACGGACAGCAGUGACAGCAAACCCAAAGUCACUCACGUCAUGAUCCGCUGCCAGCAUGACCUGAAGUACGAUGUGGGCGGAGGGGAGAAGUUUGACUCCCUCACUGACCUGGUAGAGCACUACAAAAAGAACCCCAUGGUGGAAACUCUGGGCACUGUCCUUCAGCUCAAACAGCCCCUGAACACUACCCGUAUUAACGCUGCAGAGAUUGAAAGUCGAGUUCGGGAGCUGAGCAAACUAGCGGAGGCCACUGACAAGGUCAAACAGGGUUUCUGGGAAGAAUUUGAGACCUUGCAGCAACAAGAGUGCAAACUGCUCUACAGUCGCAAAGAGGGCCAGAGAGCAGAGAACAAAAACAAGAACAGAUACAAGAACAUUCUGCCUUUCGACCACACACGUGUGGUGCUGAAUGACAGGGACCCAAAUGAGCCAGGCUCUGACUACAUCAACGCCAAUAUCAUCAUGGUAGUAUCUGCUGUCAUGCCUGAGCUGGACCCAAAGUGCAACAGUACAAAGGUGAAGAAGAGCUACAUCGCCACUCAGGGCUGUCUGCAGAACACCAUCAGUGACUUCUGGAGGAUGGUGUUUCAGGAGAACUCACGAGUCAUCGUCAUGACCACCAAAGAGGUGGAGAGGGGAAAGAGUAAAUGUGUGAAGUACUGGCCGGACAUGUCGGCUCUGAAGGAGUACGGAGCGAUGCGCGUUCGCAACGUCAGAGAGACGGCGGCACACGACUACAUCUUAAGAGAACUGAAGCUGUCUAAAGUUGGACAGGGGAACACAGAACGCACAGUUUGGCAGUACCACUUCAGGGCCUGGCCGGACCACGGAGUCCCCACUGACCCCGGCGGUGUGCUCGACUUCUUAGAGGAGGUCAACCUGAAGCAGGAGAGCAUACUGGACGCUGGGCCUAUAGCGGUACACUGCAGUGCAGGGAUCGGGAGGACAGGAACGUUUAUAGUGAUCGACAUCCUGAUAGACGUGAUCAGGGAAAAAGGGGUGGACUGCGACAUCGACGUGCCAAAGACCAUCCAGAUGGUCCGUUCUCAGCGCUCUGGGAUGGUGCAGACUGAGGCGCAGUACAGAUUCAUCUACAUGGCUGUGCAGCACUACAUAGAAACGUUGCAGAGACGCAUAGAGGAGGAGCAGAAAAGUAAGAUUAAAGGGCGCGAGUACACCAACAUUAAGUACUCUUUGUCUGACCUGACUGGAGGAGAGCAGAGCCCUUUGCCUCCUUGCACUCCUAUUCCUACUCCCACCUGCACAGAGAUGAGGGACGACAGCUCCAGAGUGUAUGAGAACGUGGGUCUGAUGCAGCAGCAGAAGAGCUACAGAUGAGAUUCACCUUUGACCCCAGUGCUCUAUCAGUUCCAGGAUCUUGAUACCUGACAGUUUUUUCGCCAGCCACACCUUGACGCCUGAGACUUGACCGUAAAUGACAUGGAACAAUGGAAAAACACACACAUAAAAAAACAAGACACAAAAACGUGAGAGACACCAGACACCAGGGUCCUCCUGCUCUCACUCAUCCCACAUGAACAUUUGCCCUCUAGUUGAAUUCUAAACCACUGUGAUGAUCAUCAGAAGAGCCUUUUGAGAAGCCUAACACGCUAAAUCCUACUAAACCACAGUUUCUGGGUUUAGCCUUUGUAAAUCUCACCCCAAACAAGGGCUGCAAACAGAGAGCACUCUCCUCAGAGGGAAAACCUAGCUAACCUUUGCUCAUCUCUUUUUAUUUUAAUUAACCAAAGGAAGGUUAUGUAGAUUGUUUGUAGACUGAAGUGAGGAGUUUUCUGACAAAGGCCUGUGCCAAAACCACGAAUGAUUUAAUCCACAUCUCUCAGCCAAUUAGAAGUCUCUAUUCGGCCUGUUCAGCCUUUUACACGGUGGGAGACGAGGACAUGUGGACAACAGUGAGGCGAAAUUUCCAGUGAUUAUUGUCUAGUUGUCACUGUUCUAUAGAGUAACGUUUCUGAAUGAAGAACUAUCGGCAUUGUAGUGUGACACCGUAUUUACUGUUGAUUUGUAAUCCACUGACUUCUGAACAUGAAUUCCUUUUUUUUCUGCUCCAGAACUGCCUCGAAGAGAAACUUAAAUUCAGGCUGUUCAGAGUGUGAAUUAACUUUUUUGUUGUCGUCCACAUGGGUUUAAUAUGCUUUUUUUUUUUUUUGAGGGGGGGAGGGAUACACAGUGUCUGUAAGUUAAACCAUUCCUGAGCUCAAGCCGAAUGCCCUUACUGCUGCACUUUUAUUUAGCAGCAUUAACAGUUACAGUCAAGCCUUGAUUCACCUGGUGGAUUCAUAAAUAAUGUAACCUGGGGUUUAGACAGAAGUUUCUUCACGCCUGCACUUCUAUGUCAGAGUCAGUGUGAUGACAUAUUAAGAUUUCAGGGGAGUCUGUUGUGUAUCUCAGUUGCAGGCAUCGCCACAGACGCACGGCUGCCAAAAAAACUUUGUUUUUUAAGUUUUUUUUAAAAGUGCAUAUUACUUUUUUUUCAUUCUUUCUUGUUUUUGUUUUUUAAGACAAAUGCCUUUUGUGUACCAUUGCCUAUUUUGAGCACCACAUGUACUUAAUUUUUAAGAGUCACUGUUUUAGGAAGCAGUCACACACCUCUCAGCUUUGGCACUAUAGAUAGUCAUUGUUGUGGCUAGAGAUUGUUGGCCUGUGAUAGUCAGCUGGGUUCAGUAGUUUAAACACACUAACACUCACAGACACACUUUUCUUUUGUCUUUCUGUUCAUGUUAAUCAAACUUAAACAUUUAAAGGAAUAGUUUGACAUUUUGGGAAAUUUGCCCAUUCGCCUUUUUGCCGAGAGUUACAUGAGAAGAUUGAUACCACUGUCAUGUCUGUAAGCUAAGUAUGAAGCGACAGGCAGCAGCGGAUUAGCUUAGCUUAGCUUAGCUUAGCUUAGCUUAGCUGAGCUGAGCUGAGCGUAAAGACUGGAAACAGGGGAAGGCAGCUAGCCUGGCUCUGUGCAAAGGUAACGCCAUGACUGUGGGUGGAAAAAAUAGCCAUUUUUGCUGAGAAGUUUGAUAUCACUUUAAUGUUUGUGUGCUAUAUAUAAAGCUACUGCUGAUUAGCUUAGCUUGAGGGCUGGAAACGGGGAAACAGCUAGCCUGGCUCUGUGCAAAGGUGACGCCUUGACUGAGAGGGGAAAAAUAGCCAUUUUCAAUGAGAAGAUGGAUACCACUACUGUGUGUGUUCUAAAUAAAGAGCUAUAGCCGAUUAGCUUAGCUUAGCUUCAAGACUGGAAACUGGUGGAAACAGCUAACCUGGUUCUGUGCAAAGGUGACGCCACGACUGAAGAGGGAGAAAUAGCCAUUUUAAAUGAGAAGACUGAUACCGCUUUCAUGUUUGUAUGCUAGAUGUAAAGCUACUGCUGAUUAGCUUAGCUGAGCUUAGCUUAAAGACAGGAAACAAGUGAAAGCAGAUAGCCCGACUGUCCACAGAUAACAAAAUCCACCAACUAGUUUCUCCAAAACGCAUUUACUUUGCCCAUUACUUUUUGAAUUAAUUGUUUUGUCAGUAAAAUGUCAGACAAAACUGAAACGCCCUAUGUAAUCAUCUUCAUCUGUACUCAAAGCAGCCAUGCCCUUAAUAUUACGCAACUUUAAGCCUUAAUGAAAUACAAAGAGGUGAGUUAUAUAAAAUAAUUCACCUCCUGUACAAUUGUCAUGAACUUGGAAAUUUUGCGAUAGAGACCAAAACCGUUUUUGUAACAGGCUGUAAACAUGUUUAUUUCUGCUGUUAAGCUGGACAUUUUAACAUGGGGGUCUCUGGGUAUCGACUCGCUUUUGGAGGCAGCCUCAAGUGGCCAUUAGAGGAACUGCGGUUUUUGGCACAACUGCAUUGGCGUUGGUUUCAUCUUGGUUUUAUCCAACCCACAGUCCAAAAAUCCAAAGCUAUUAAGUUCAUUAUCAGGCAUGACAAAGAAAGGUGUCAAACUGCAUUUAAGAAGCAUUAAACCAGCUAAUGUUUGGCUUUUUUGCGUAAAAUUUACUUAAAUAAUUCUGCCAGUUAAUUUUCUAUCAGUCGUCUAAUCUUUGCAGUAUCUUGAGUAUCGAUCUUUUUUUAAAUAGCUCUUGGUGAGAAAGCAAAUUGGUGUAUUUCCCCAAAUGUCAAACUAUUCCUUUAGCUUCAUUUCCACAAUCAGCAGCAGUAUUUAGAAAAGUCUGAUGUUUUGGAUCUGCAUUGUUAUUUCUAGUGAUAAUCCACAACAUUCAUUUCAAACGCGUGGCCUAAGUAUUUUCUUUUCAUCAAGCCUUCCCAUCACGACGCCUUGAGAAGCUGCAGUCUCGAGAUCGAACUCACUGCUGACUCAGAGUCUCUCCGUUGAGAUAAAGGAAAAGAAGCGGCUCUCCUCUUUGCCUUGAGGGACAGUUCUCAACAACCAUUGAUCCAGGAUUGAACAGCUUCUUUCUGUAACAUUUAAAAAGAAAUCAUGAAAUCAGUGUUUUUUCGGGGGCUGCUUCCUCCCACCGGAGGAUGUCUGCUAACGCCCGGCUGCUGCUUCACAGCAAGUGUUCUUUGAAAUGAUUCCUCUCCUCCCGGGUGAACGCCAUCCACUGACUGAGAUCUUCUGUAGUGUGGUGUACUGUAUGCAGUUUUAUCGUCACAAAGGGAUGAGUUUGUACUUGUCUCAUGUUUCGUGGAGUGCGUGCUUUGUGGUGUUUUGUGUCCUGUGUGUGCGAGGAUGUGCGUAUGCGUGUGUGUGUGUGUGUGUGUGUGUGUGUGUGUGUUUGUUGUGAGAGUGCGGCUGCCUAUCAGCCUUAUACGUUCUUGGAUACUCUUUUGUUUUUCUUCCCAGAUGAUAAAACUGCUUUUCCAUUUAUCAUGUAAGCAAUUUUAGAUGCAUAGACGUGCCUUCUAUGCAUAUGCCUAUGUGUAUGUGAUAGCUAUUAAAAAACAAGACAGUGCUCUUUAGUUCCAUCGCCAUUCAAGAACCUGUAACACUUAAAUGUGAAUUCUUUCAUCCUGAACAAAAAAAGGAAAAAAAAAAAGGUGAUCGCAAUGCAAACAAACUAUAUUUUUUAACAUGUAUAUUGUACAUGAGUACCUGGUAGAGGAGAAUGUACUUACUAAAACAUAUCUACUUGCCAAUAAGAUAUACUGUAUGUAUAUUCCUACAGCUUUCUCUCUGUGACACAGGGAGGGACCUCUCACAAAGCUUCAGAGGUUUUAUUGUAUGACUUUCAAUGCAGUUAACCAUGUUAACUUCCUCAAUAACAAUAAAUGGCAGGCUCAUGCCUCAUUAAGACCGUG